AUGACAGUGAAGAAUACAGAAUCAUUCUCCAAUUGCUCCAACGAAACCAGCUGCAGGUCAGUGUUUCAUUGCCCGGAGUUGCCAGAAUUCAUAUGGGACCUGAAUCACACAACUUCUUUUAAGAUUAUUGUUGCCAUCACGACCAUUGCUUGUCCCGUUACCAUUCUGUUAAACCUCUUGGUGAUAAUAGCAGUGAAGACGAGAAGAGAAUUGAAACAGAAUUCUAAUAUCCUGUUGUCUAGCGUGGCCUUAGCUGAUCUUUUGGUGGACGCUGUAUCUAUGCCACUGUCUAUCACGUUAGACACGUUAUUUAUCAAGAGAGUUUUAGAUGUGGAUAUUAUCUGUACAGUAACUUUCGUAAAUGCCUGUGUAAUGUAUUUUACUUGUGGUGCGUCAUUUUUACAUUUGCUCCUAAUUGCUUGGGAGAGGCUUGUGGCGAUAGCUAAAUGGAUGGAGUACAAGGCUAUUGCUACAAGAGGCCGUGUAAACAAGUACACGAGAGUUGCCUGGCUGUUGGCAUUACUAAUAGUUGUUUCAUCGUUACUAAUGGAAGCUGCUCACCUUCGUUAUGACCGAAUAUUAGUCGGAGAUGUCAUUUUGAGCAUUUUCUGGGUUGUCUGCAUUUUGCUUGUAGUAUUCUUUUAUGUGAAAACGUAUCUCGCAGUGCGAAAGUGGAACGGAACGCGAAUCCACCCAGUCAAUGCUCUGGUCAAAGGGAAGCUUGAACGCAAAGUUGCUUACACGACUUUCUGGUUAACGGCUUUUGUUGCUGCCUCGGGUGUGCCGAUCCAAGUCGUUUAUAUCUUUCGGAGAGUCUUGCCUUUUUUCGGCCAGGUUUCCACUUUACGAUGGGCAGACACAAUAUUUCAGUUAAACUCUCUGUUCAACCCACUAUUGUACUGGUAUAGUAACCGCCGCAAAAGGAAAGCUGCAUUGGAGCUGUUAAGGUGCAGAAACAGGCCACCAGCUCACACUGCGCGUUACAUUAGGACACGUCGAUAUUCUGUGGCAUCGCUACAUGUUGAAAAGCUUCAAAGCGAGCAAAGAGGCGUCCCAUUUGUGAGGUCGGAUUCUCUUGGUGCUGUGAUGUGUUCGGAUACUUUUCGGCACAGGUCGAGUAAAACAGUAAAGGAAAGACCGAUGUCAGCUCCAUCAAGGAUAGUAAGCGACGAAAUGUUCACACAGCAGGACAAUAAACUGAUUGCAACAGGUCAGAUUAAAAAUGCCCCAGGAAGGAAAGGCAUUCAGGGCUAA